AGCCACAUGCAUACUCAAGCCUCAGAUGGGCAACAGAUCAAUUUGGGAUAACGGUAUAGACAUCGCAGGAUACCAACGCGUCGGCUUGCCGGGCCGCCCUGAAAGCCUCCAGUCUUUAUAAGAGUGCACCGACACAGGAACCCGACAUUCCUGCUUCUCUGACUAUCGCAGCAGCAAUGUCGAUCCCCACAGUCAAGCUCAACAACGGCGUCGAAAUCCCCAUUCUCGGGCUUGGUACAUGGCAGUCGAAGCCCAACGAGGUUGCGAAAGCUGUCGAGCACGCACUGAAGGAGGUGGGCUACAGGCAUAUCGACUGUGCAUGGGCGUAUGGGAACGAGAAGGAAGUCGGCGAGGGGAUCCGCAAGUCCGGCGUUCCGCGCUCCGAGAUAUUUAUCACCAGCAAGUUGUGGUCCACGCACCACCAACGCGUCGAGGCGGCGCUCGAUGAGUCGCUGGCGAACCUCGGUACUGAUUAUCUCGACCUAUACUUGAUUCAUUGGCCAGUCCUUCUUAACCCGAAUGGUAACCACCCGAAUUUCCCUACGCUCCCCGAUGGGAAGCGGGAUGUCCUCUAUGAUUGGAAGGUCAAGGACACCUGGGCUCAGAUGGAAGCUGUCCUGAAGAAGGGGAAGGUCAGAGCCAUCGGAGUGUCGAAUGUCUCCAAGCGCAUCCUCGAGACGGAACUCCUUCCAUAUGCCAAUGUCGUCCCUGCCGUCAACCAGCUCGAGAUCCACCUGUACAACCCGCAACACAACCUUCUCGAGUACCUCUUGUCCAAGGGCAUCGUCCCCCAGGCAUAUUCCCCGCUCGGCUCGACUAAUUCGCCCUUGCUGAGCGACGAAACGGCCUCAGAGAUCGCGAGCAAGCACGGCCUGCAGACGCCAGACGUUCUACUCGGUUACCUUGUGGCAAAGAACAUCAUAACGCUGCCGAAGUCGGUAACUCCAGCACGCAUUGCAUCCAAUUACACCGGUGCGCUUGCGGCCGCGUCCAAGCUGACCAAAGAAGAUAUCGAAAAGCUGGACGGCGUUGCUGCGUCCGGCAAGCAGAAGCGGCUCAUCACUCCACCGUGGCCUGUCGAUCUCGGUUUCGAGAACUGGCCGGGACAAACACCCUGAGUGCGUGAUGACGUAGUAUUGCGGCUAUCGAUAGUCAGACAGCAAACGUGAAGGCAUUCUGCAUAGGCGAAGCGAUAUCCCAUCAGUAUAACGGAAAGAACUGACAGGAAUGGGGGAAGCACG